GCCGAUACUUCUAUUAAAUAUGCUGGGUAUUGGUCUAAUGUUGAGUGUAUACUCUUGCUAGAAGACAUUUGAUAUACCCCUUAGCAAUAUACAUAUUAAAGGACCACCAUGAAAAUCACGCUCUACACCUACUUCCGCUCCUCUUGCUCUGCUCGCCUCCGAAUCGCCCUCGCCCUCAAGUCUCUCCCCUACACCUCCCUCCCCGUCAACCUGUUGAAAGAUGAGCAAAACUCCCCGUCUCAUCUGGCGAUAAACCCGUCUGGCACUGUUCCAGCCCUGGUGAUCGAAAAUCCUGGCCGUGACGAUGCUGUCGUCAUCACGCAAUCCCUCGCGGCGCUGGAGUACCUGGAUGAAGUCUCCCCUUCGGUGAAACUGCUUCCUGACAACGCCGAAGAACGAGCGCUCGUUCGGACACUGGUGGGAAUCAUCUCCUGUGACGUGCAGCCCGUGACGAAUCUCCGGAUUUUAAAGCGUGUUGCACCCCUAGGAAUGGACAGGAGCCAGUGGUCGAAGGAUUUGAUCCAGGAGGGGUUCCGCGCGUACGAGACGCUCGUUUCCAAGUCCGCAGGUCUAUUCAGUGUCGGCGAUAGGAUCACUCUCGCGGACGUGUGUUUGAUUCCUGCCGUCUGGGGUGCGGAGAGGGUGGGUGUCGAUCUUGACGAGUUUCCGACCGUCAAGGCGAUCGCUGAACGCUUGGAGAAGGAGGAUGCGGUGAAACAGGGACACUGGAGGACGCAAGAGGAUACCCCCGCGGAAUUCAAGAUGGAUAUUUAGGUUACAAGUGUCUAGGUAGAUGAUCAAUGAUAACUGUAUC